CUGUUACUGGUGAAGUCUAGUCUAAACUAAACAGCUAACUCCAACUUUUUACCUGCGACUUGAUUUUGAUGAUAACAUGUUCUGUGGAUCGAUUUAUCAAACGUCUUCCAAACAAAAAAGAUGAUUCAAAAAAACCUUCUACCCCUACCGGUACAUCAGAAGAAAUUAUUAGUUCAAGUGGUUCAGCAGAGGCAAGUUGUAGCAGCAAAACCAACUUGGAAAGUUCUGCCAAAAACCAAAAGGCAGAUAAUCCAAUCCUAGAGGCAAAUCUCAGUACGCCUGGAAGCAGUAAAACCCACGAAGAACAAAGCUCCUCCAAAAGAUUUAAGUUGGCGAAGGAGACUGGACCGUCGACUACAAGUUUGAGGAAAAAGAAAACCAACCGUGCUCCCCUUAAGUUUGUGAGCUCAAAGCUAAAUAUCCCAGACUUUAAGGGAUGGCUUGUCAAAUCUACCCAAAAAAAGGUGAAAAUGAAUUGGGUGAAAGGUGUGCCAAACUAA